AUGGCCCCGUGGCAUUCGCUUCGCUUGAGCAACCGUUACAUCAGCAGGCACGUGCUCCUUCUGCUGCGCUUCUAUCUGGCGCAGUUCUAUUACCUGGGAUUGAUGCGACUCCGCUACGAUGAGUCCUGCAACGAGCUGCGAUUGACGUACUACAGCGUCACGGUGUCAAGGAUGAUUGGACUUUGGUGCGCCUUUUUCUUCACGCUGGCACUCCUCGAUCCCUAUCCCCUGAUGCUGCAUCUUCAGCUAGUGGGUUUCUCCUGCUGGCUGCUAAUCCAGCCAAGAGGAGUCAUCGAGGAGCGUAGACGAGUGAUAAAUCGAAUCCUGCGACUUUCGCCACAGCUUCAUCGGCUCUGCAGGCGGAAGGUGGAGCUGUCUUGGUUUUUGGCCUUCCAAUUAGUGCUCAAGCUGCUGGUCUUUCGAUUGUUCUACAAGGGACUUCUGGGCCCCAUAAACAUCAGCUGGAAAGCGCUCUUCAUUGUGCUCUUCGUGGUACCCAUUUCGAUGACCAUUUGGGUGAUAGACGUCACCUCGCAUUUGAUUAGCAUUGUGCUAGCCCUGCUGCUGAAGUCCUUCGAGCUGGUGAACAGUGAAAUGGCGGCCAUUGACGAGAGGCUCUGUUUGGAGAUCCUGCGAUCGGAUUAUCGAGCGGUUAGAAGGCUACAGAGACGACAGAUUUCGCUGCAGCGAUUGCAUCGGUCCUAUGUCAAGGUCACCCGGCAAUGUAUAGAUUGCCUGAGCCCCCAGUUGGUACUCAUCGUUCUCUACAACCUGAGCUCUAUCUACACUUUUUCCAGUGGCGUGUGGCGGCGCAUCUUUCAGAUCGCGGUCAUCGUCAACACGCUGCGGUCUCUGCUGCACACCCUCGACGAGCUGGUGGCCACUACUAGUGCUCCGCAGGACACAUCCUGGAUGCAUGUGGCGCGGUUACUACAGUUCGAGGAGGUCCUGGCCACGCAUGGAUGGUUGCAGCGGAAGGACUUCCGCUGGAAGCUGCAGGAUACCGACAGUUUUGGUCAGAGCGUAAGGAGGAGCUGUUUUCAAAGAAGGCUAUUAGUCCUUGGAUUGGUUACUCCCAACAGACGACUGCUGUUUCGCAUCGCCUUCGCGUUCUGUUGUCUCCUGCAUCUGCAUUAUAUGCUCAAGAAAUCUGCUUUGGUUGCCGAGAAGGAAAUCUUUAUUGGCUCGGAAGUGAUCACAAAAGCCAAGCAUUAG